AUGCCAAUCGAAGACGUCGAAGGGGACGAAGAACGACGUGCUAAGGACGGCUACGACUUGGCAAGGAUACGACUGAACAGAUUGCUUGCCAACCCGGUAUGUUGUUUUAGCCUUUUAUAUGAUGAAUUUAGGAUAAAGCUGUUGUGAUACCUGAACGAAAAGAAGCCACAAAGCCCAAGCCUCCCCCAGAUUUUGUACGAAAUGUCGUGGGAUCCUCAGCUGCUGCUGGAAGUGCCGAGUUUCACAUUUACAGAAACAAUCGGCGAAAAGAAAUGAACAGAUUAAACUAUCUUGAGCAAGAAUAUCAGGAGAAGAAGAAGGAUGAGGAGUUUGAGGAGUUAGUUCGAGAGAGACGUCAAGCGGAAGAGGAGAGGACUGAGAAGAACAGGAAGAAGCGACAGAAGCGGAAACAGAGGAUACAGGAGCUCAGGAAACAGAAGAAGAAAAAGGUAUGCACUCUGAAUUUUAUCUUUUGCAACUAUAAAACUUUUGUUUCUAUAACCUAAUCAGUUUGAGUAAUGUAUUUUCCUUUUAGGUUUCGAAUUUAACUUAAAAUUAUCUUUCAGAGGGACUCAGAUGCGAGUGAUUCGGAUGAAGACUCUGAUUCAGACAUCCCAUUGGCUGACAAUAAAGAUGUUAGCAACGAAACUGAUUAA